AUGGAAAAACACCUACUUGAGCUGACUCCCACUGAAGAGCUCAAGGUUGCAAGGAUAAAGAAGCAUGAAGCGAGGACUAUCAAGGAGAUCAUCUCUCCUCAGAAGCUACCAAAGCCCGACUUCGAACAUCCAGUGUCCAAAAAGCUUCCAGUUCCCAUUAGAAGACUUAUCCCCUUUCCAGAUGAAGACUUAACUCCUAGAGAUCGGCAAGAACUUACUGAUAUACUAACCCCAUGGCACCUAAAUUGGACGAGGUUUAAGAGGCCAUAUAGAGGAAAAUGGAUAAAAAAAAAUUUGACCAAGCCCCUUGAUCCCACGUCUCCCCUCAAUACUAGAUUUAAGGUCCUUAGGAUUGAGGGGAUGGAAACUUUUGAUCUCCUUGAGGGAGAUCAGACCCCCAAGGUCACUUCGACCAUCAACAAGGGUUCAACAACUUUUAAGGAGCUCAAUGCUCCUCUACUUCUACCACCACUGGCUCUUGAGAGGUUAGCUGCUCUUAAUGCUAAUGACGAGGUUGUGAAUGCGCUUCACAGUGCUAAAACGGAGGCAUCUGAGUUGAAACUAGAGCUCGAGGUUUUGAGGUCAUCGUUGAAAACCAAGGAUCAAGAGAUAGGUGAGCUGAAAUUGGAGCUCAAGGGGUUGAAGCCUACUCUGAAGGCAAAGGACCAGACAAUUAAGGAUUUAAGGGUCGAAUGUGUUGAUAACUACUUUAGUUGGUAUGAGGACUUUAGAGACCAGGCCAUUGGGAAUUUCCCUAAUAUGGAUUUCGAUUCUUUCAUUCCUCCUCUGCCUACAGGGGAGAUUAAAGUUAUAGAUCUUCCUAUCCCUUCAAAAGGUUGGGUCAACUCUUCCUCUUUGACUCUAGAGACACUUGGGAAUUCAAGGGGGAGGUUAGUGUUGACCCCUAUCCCAGAGGUUAUUGUAGAAGCUUUUGGAGAAAAUAAAAGAGCUAGAGAGGAGAAUAUUCGUUCCUCUGGGAAGAGGUUACGAGGGUCAUCAUCCUCGUCUGUUCCAUCUGCUAAUUUUGAUGAUGAGAGUUCUUCCAUUUCUAAACUUAUCCUAAAGCAUGAACUGGUCCUAAAGAAGGGGGCCUUCUUCUUGCAGAGCUUGUAA